UCGCCGAGCCGAGCCGUACCGUGCAGCAGGCACAAGCCGCUGGGCGCGCAGGAGAAGCCGCAAAAAAUUACAGCAGCCGCUACUUGAAACUGCGAGGAGAGCAGAGGGAGCGUCGGAACUUGAGUGUGCACGAGGCCAGAGAUCCAAAAUGGGAGGCAAGCUCAGCAAAAAGAAGAAGGGAUACAACGUAAAUGAUGACAAGGCCAAAGACAAGGAUGCUAAAGCAGAGGGGGCAUCUGCUGAGGAGAGCGAAGCACCGAAAGACAACAAAGACGAGGCCCCAGCUGCCACCGACACUAAGGAGGUAGCGAACGACACAGCGGCCAAGGAGGCGCCGGCAGCAGACGCUGCUGCGCCCAAAGAGGAGGAUAAGAAUGCCACUCCGGCCGCAAAGGAGCCCGAGAAACCUGCUGCCAACGCUGAGCCGAAAACAGAGGCGCCCAAGAGCGCAGAGCCCGCCAAGGCCGAGGAGAAACCAGCUGCAGCCGCCCCGGCCAAAGAAUCGGCCCCUACCGCCAAGGAGCCCGAGGCUAAGGCCGCGGCACCUGCAGCUGAGAGUAAAGAUGAGGCCGACGCCAAAAAGACUGAGGCCCCCGCGGCACCAGCAGCCAAAGCCGAGGCGGCCCCCGCUGCCUCCCCUGACCCCAAGCCCACAGAGGCGGCGGCGGCUCCCGCACCGGCGAAGGAGGCCGCCGCAGCCCCUAGUUCAACACCAGCCGCCGAGCCUCCAGCCAAGGAGGCGAACGCCACAGAGGCACCAAGCAAGGAUCAAACCGUAGCAGUUCAAGAUUAAUGGACAGCUUCUUUUCGGAAAUGAAAAAAUAAAGUACCUAACUCAACGACGAUGACGAUUAAAAAAAAAUGAAAAUGAAAUUAACUAGCCCACCCAUAUUAUGAUAAUAACAAUAAUAAUAAUAAUUGUAAUGAUAAUGAUUUGUUGAUUGAGGAGGACUGGAGCAACCACCUGGAGAAGUUUCCCACCGCUGCAGAUGAUUAUUGCUAUUAUUAUUGUUAUGUUUUAUUCUAUUUUUUUCUGCUGUAGUAUUUGAACUUUGAUACGAGUCUGUGUCGGCCAUACGCCUCGCCAUCCCUCAUCCAUCAUCCCUCUCCCUCAUACGGUCAAGAGGUUUAACCCGACUCCCAUCUCAGCUCACAGUAGGCCUGCGUUCAAACAUCCACCUGCACCUUCUGCUCUGUGGACGGCACAAAAUUUGGGGAAACAGGACUGAGGGAAGGAGGGGGUUUAAGAAAUCACUUUACCAGCUGGGUACGUCCACUCUUCAGCUCUCCCCCUUCCACUCAUCCUCCUCUUCAGUGUAUCAUGCUCUCGACUUUAGCCUCAAGUUU